UAUGCACAAAUACUGCUACCAUUUCUAUGAGUUCUUCACCACGUCUUGCACCUGUACCUGCUUCUAGGAAUUUUCAAUUUUUACCUACAUUACGGCGCUCACGGACCUGAUAUAUGUCCUUUCUCAGACCUGGUACCCCACCGCGGCAACCUAGGAUCUGGCAGGCGAUCCAGGGGACGCCAGGCGGAUCACGGAACAGUGCGGGGAGUCCCCAUGGCGCCGCGGAUGGCCCCGGAAAGGGCCUCCGCUCGGCCUGCAUUCCUUAAGCCUGGGGCUGUGAGCUUCGCGGACGUGGCCGUGUACUUCUCCCCGGAGGAGUGGAGGUGUCUGCGGCUGGCGCAGAGAGCCCUGUACCGAAAGGUGAUGCGCGAGACCUAUGGUCUCCUGGCCUCUCUCGAAGUCGGGGGCGACAAACCAGCGCUCAUCUGCUGGGUGGAGGAAGAGUCCGAAGUGUGGGGACCCUGUGCCCAGGAGCCAGAGGUGGCCAUGUGCAAGACAGAAGUCCACUCAGAUUGCAGGCACGAGAAGGGAAGGAAGAAAUCAAGGGAAGAGACCGAGGCAACCCAGAAGAUAUUUUCUCCAGAAGCUGGAUCUAUGGAGCCACGCCCCUCCUUUGCUUCCCCUUCUUCUAACUUGGAGCUGCUGUCCAAGAACUUUCAGCAGGGUCACUCCACUGUUGCAGUGUACAACCCUAUCCUAAAAGCAGACCAGCGUCAUGGGUGCCAUGUGUGUGGGAAGAGUUUUGUCCACCAGUCCAAACUGGUGGAGCACCUGUACACUCACACAGGUGAAAAGCCAUUUCAGUGCCCAGACUGCGACAAGUAUUUCGGCCGGGCUUCUUCCCUGAGCAUGCACCGAGCCAUACACCGAGGGGAACGGUCUCAUCAGUGUCCUGACUGUGGGAAGUGUUUUACCCAGCGGUCCACAUUGGUGGCGCACAUGUACACUCACACAGGCGAAAAGCCAUUCCAUUGCCCUGACUGCAACAAAUCUUUCAGCCGGCCUUCUUCCCUGAGCUCGCACCGGGCCAUACACAGAGGGGAACGGCCUCAUUGUUGCUCUGACUGUGGCCGAGCUUUCACGCAUCGCUCUGGCCUCAUUGCCCAUCUCCGUGUCCACACUGGGGAGAAGCCUUACUGUUGUGCUGAUUGUGGACGUUGCUUCAGCCAGAGCUCUGGGCUCCAUGAGCACCAGCGGGUGGUACACAGCGGUGUGACCCCCUUCACUUGUACUCACUGUGGCAGAGCCUUUGCCCGGGCCGCAUAUCUUCAGUGUCACAUGCGCACCCACACGGGUGAAAAGCCUUAUUCAUGCCCUGAUUGUGGACGCUGCUUUCGCCAGAGCUCUGACAUGACAGCCCACAGGCGGAUCCACAGUGGUGAACGACCCUACCCCUGCCCUCAGUGUGGCAGACGCUUUCCCACGAAGUCGGCUGUGACAAAGCACCAGUGGGUCCAUAGACCAGGAGCUAAAGGCCAUAAGAACAAAAAAGCCAGUCAGUUAUCUAUAUCUCUGGACCCUAGACAAGAGGACCCGGAUCCACCUGUGAGCUUCCAGCAUUACCCAGAGAUAUUCCAGGAGUGUGGGGGAUGGUCUUAAAGGUGCCAACAUAGAGGGUAGGAUAUGUACAUUUUUUGAGGCCCAGAGGCUUGAACCUAUGGCAUCCUCCGGAAGUCACAGACGUUCUAGCUAGUGCUGGUCUGGGCACCGGGUAGAGUCUUCUAGGAGGUUUCCAGAUCCAUCUGCACACACUCUGGAUUGACCAUCGUCUUGGCAUCUAUUGGGCAGGGCUGGGCAACCCCACUAGAGCUCUAUGAGAAGCGAGGGCCUUUUCCUGGUUCAGAAGUAUUGAGAGGCCUGAGGAUAAAGAGAGCCUCCUUGAAGUCAUUGUGUCUUUAAUGCAGAGGCUAAAGUUGAUGGCUCUGUGUGUGUUGAGCCAGCUGCAUUCUCCGGGAUUGAGUUACUGGUCAAGAGCCUGUGUGGUAGUUCCUGUUGUGAUCCCCGAACUGGGGAGGUAGAGACAGGAAGAUCAGGAAUUUGAGACCAGUUUGGGUCACCUGAGACUGCAUCUAAAAAUAAAGUUACAACUGUAAUUUAUUAAGGUUUAAAAA